GUUUAAUAUUUCAUUUAUUUAAUGUUUGAAGGAUUAAUAUUAAUAUUCAGAUACUUAAUAUUGUAAGUUAAAUAACUAAUAAUAUUUUUAAUGAGCAACAAGUGUUUAGUGUUUUAAUUAGGAAUUCUGAUUUAAUCUCGCACUGGCCACACCGAACUUAAAGUGGCGCCAAAAAUUAAAUAAAAGCGUUAAUAUAGAUAAAAAUUUAAAAAUUACAUGUAAUCAGAAAAAAUUGUCCUAUAUAACUGUGGAAAUAAUUACAGAAUAACUUUUUUUCUUCAAUAUAUUUAGCGAUUAUAAAAACUUAAUUUAUACAUAUUUAUAAAUGUUCAUAGCAGGCAGCAACUGUCAGUCACUUCUGUAAAAAAAAACAUCUAUCAAUAGCUAAGUUAACAGCUUUUUAAUUCUCUUAGGUCUCGUGACUGAAUACCAUCUGAAGUUUACACUAAUUAAAAAUUUCAAAGACCGUAAUUUAUCUAUUUCGCAGAAUCAAAUUUAAUUAUUUUUGCGGUAUUUGAUAUAUUCUCUUUGUGUAUGUGCUAUCUGUGCUAUUUAAAUAAAAAUAAAGUGGUCCUUUCUAUUAUAACUACAGUUUAAUGAGUGCAUACAUGCAAUACCCUACAAAUAUUUUCAACGAACGAAGGUCACGAAUUAAGCCUCUAUUGGAUUUUAUUUAUUAGAGGCUCAAAGAUGCCGAUUUUUUAUAACAAUUGAGUAACUCUGCAAAUGUAUGUAACCAGUACACGGAUAAUAAUUACAUUUGUAAUUGUAAUAAUAAUAAUUGUGAAUAUUUUUAUUUGUUGUAAACUUCGAUAAAGUAAUAUACAUUGCCUGAUUUACUUAUUCACGCUAACCAGUUCCAGGUCAGCUCAUUGGCCUCACAGCCUUGUAGAGUUCUUUAACCCACUAACUGAUCAUCAGUUUUGGCCCAGUAUGUGACGAUCUGCCCCUUUUCUGACUUUCACACGUUGUGAACUGCGCAUUUUUGGAACAAAAUGUGAUCGGUCAUCCCUGUUUUUCACAAGUUAAAUGAAACAAUUAAAUAAAAAAAAUAAAAAUAAAAAAACAGGUAUGCGCAGUGAGAAAUUCUUUGCUAACAAUAAAAUUAUUCACAAUUUUACUCAAAAUAAAAGUACUUUAAUUGAGAGUGACCCGAAGCUAAGUUACAAAAUACCUAGGCGCUUCGGUAGGCAUCGCGCCAAAUAUUUGAAAUUUUUUCUCUCAUCCUUCACUCAUUAACAAGCUUUAGCGCUCAAAUGGGUGGGUGUUAUUGUGCGUAUAUACUGGUUAUUUACACAAAAAACAUAUUCUUUCUCAACAACGUUUUGUUACUCUUUCCUAAAAUACUUAUACAAAAACGAAAACUUUGAAAUGAGUAUGACGAGCCCUUUAACAAUGUAGCAAAACUUCUCUCUUAGAAUAAAAGUGUCAACUUUUGUGCAAUGCUGCGUAAAUGCAUGCACAUACACAUAUGCAACUAUGAGAGAGCGGCGGAGAGUCAACAGAAACAGAUGAAGCGAAACUGGUAAAGAGAUAGUGGCGAUCUCACUCGAUCGCACUAUGCCAGAUUACAUUGCUUGUUGAGAGUAUAAGACUAUUCGAGUAUAAGAGUGUAUGUAAUGAGUAGAAAGCGGUAGAAGUGGUUGGCGGAAUCUACUCUACACAUUUUUUGCGGGUUGUAACUGAUUAUUCUAGACUACACAUCUAUGUAUGUGUUGUUUGUUUAGUGAUUCUAUGCACACACAUAUAUAAAUAUAUGCAUACAUUCGAGUCAAAGCCUACACACAUACAUAAGUACGGCUGAAAGCUUUUCCCUGCUUUUGCUACUAGCACCUUGAGACCUGGAAUAUUUGUUCACGUAAAAUGAAGUCGAACAAAAAUGUAAAAAUUAUAAAAUUUUAUAUGCAUAUCGAAUAUGUGACAAUAUCUAUAUCUUCCACAGCUGUCGUGCAAGAACAUUGAACCAUCAAAACUGCUUAGUUUAAUUUCUAAUAAACUUAAAUGUUUGUUGGUUGCUAAUAGCAACAGAAAAUUGUUUAUGACGAAGGCUUGGGCGUAUGGACUAUAUAUAAGAUAGUCGAGAAUUCCAGUUCGAUUGCAAAAUGUCGAAGGCAACAACAAUUAAGGAAGCGCUGAAACGUUGGGAAGAUCGAGAGCAACAAAAUUCGCUGACUGCCAAACAAAUAGAUUUGCAAUUUCAAUGGCCACCAAUUGAGAAAAUGGAUAACACAUUAGGAACGCUAGUGUGCUGCGAAAGAAUCAGCUUGUCAACAAAUAUGAUUGAGAAAAUUUUUGGUCUGUCAGGCAUGAAAUGUUUGAAGGUUUUAUCCUUAUCGCGGAAUUAUAUCAAGCAAAUAUCAGGAUUGGAAGCUGUUGCGGAAACAUUGGAAGAACUCUGGCUUAGCUACAAUCUUAUUGAAAAACUGAAAGGUUUGAGUGCUCUGAAGUGUCUGAAGGUGCUUUACAUAAGUAAUAACUUAAUCAAGGAUUGGUCGGAGUUUAAUCGCUUAGCCGAAAUAGAAACUCUUGAGGAUUUAGUGGUUGUGGGUAAUCCCUUGUCGGAGGGCCUAGAUGAACCCACUUGGAGAGCUGAGUGUAUCAAGCGCCUGCCAACUAUACGAAAACUAGAUGGCGAACCAGUUGUUCUUAAGGAAGAACCAAUACUUUAAAAAGGCUAAACUAUGAAUGAAUAAAUGCGAAUAAAUGUGUAUGCAUA